UCCGCUGCAGAAGUCCGUGACUCAUUCUAUGAUGGAUACCUGCUUUCAGGCCUCUUUUACAGCUCCAUCUUCUCUCAAAUCAAAGGUAUGUACUCCAAAUUACUUCUACUGAUCACCGUAUGGUUAUACGGAAUUCGGAACACUUUAAAGGCUAAAACCUGGAGCAAGUAUCCUGUAUAUCAUGAUCAGUUAAUUCAUUAUUAUCUGCCCAAUCACAAGAAGUUAUUGUAUACACAAUAUUCAGACCAGUACGCACCUGAAUGGUUGUAUUUUUGGCAAUUGGCAUCGAUACUAUAUGCAGUUGUCUGGUAUUGUAGCUUGCGCCCAAUGCUUGCGUCAAUCUAGGAGUUCAAUAACAAUGUCCAGCGUUAGCUCUAAGAUUAGAGUCCCGCACGUACUAACCGUAGCUGGCUCGGAUUCCGGGGCAGGUGCCGGAAUUCAGGCGGACCUCAAGGCCUGCGCAGCGAGAGGAGUCUAUUGCUCCACUGUGAUCACAGCUGUUACUGCUCAGAACACCGUUGGAGUUCAGGGUGUGCACAUUGUGCCAGAGGAUAUCUUGGCGGAGCAGCUAAGGUCGGUGCUAUCUGAUAUGCGUCCUGAUGUAGUGAAAACAGGCAUGCUUCCUUCGCCUGGCAUAGUCAAGGCCCUUUGUCAGUCUCUUAAGGAGUUUCCCAUUAGAGUUUUGGUGGUUGAUCCUGUUAUGAUCUCUACUAGUGGGCAUACACUAUCUGGCCCCUCAACUUUAGCCAGCUUUCUGGAGGACCUUAUUCCCAUGGCUGAUAUAGUGACCCCGAAUCUGAAGGAAGCAUCUGCGUUGCUAGGUGGUCUGCGCUUGGAAACACUUAGUGACAUGCGAUUCGCUGCUAAAGCUAUACAUGGCUUUGGCCCAAGGAAUGUACUUGUGAAAGGAGGUGACCUGCCUACUUCACUGGAUGCUGUUGAUAUCUUAUAUGAUGGAAACGAAUUUCAUGAGUUUCAGUCCCCUCGCAUAAGAUCAGCAAAUACUCACGGAACUGGUUGCACAUUGGCCUCUUCUAUUGCAGCUGAGUUAUCUAAAGGUUCUUCAAUGGUUUCUGCCAUUAAGGUAGCUAAACGCAGUGUUGAUACAGCCUUAAACUACAGCAAGGAUAUACUCAUUGGAAAUGGUUGUCAGGGUCCUCUUGAUCAUCUAUUGAAGCUUAAGAGUAAUGCACCAAAUUCAUUUAGGGCGCACCAUUUUGAUCCAAGUGAUCUCCUCUUAUACGCGGUUACAGAUUCAAGGAUGAACAAAAAGUGGGGGCAUUCAAUAACCGAUGCAGUGAAAGCUGCCAUAGAAGGAGGUGCUUCUGUUAUUCAGUUGAGGGAAAAGGAUGCUGAAACACUUGACUUCCUGGAAGCAGCAAAAGAUUGUCUGGAUAUAUGUCGCCCCCAUGGUGUACCUUUAUUAAUAAAUGACAGGAUUGACAUUGCACUAGCCAGCGGCGCUGAUGGUGUUCAUGUCGGGCAGACAGACAUGCCUGUGUAUGCUGCCCGGGAACUUCUUGGGCCUGAGAAAAUUAUUGGUGUAUCAUGCAAAACACCAGAGCAAGCCCAUCAGGCAUGGAUAGAAGGGGCUGAUUACAUUGGCUGUGGCGGUGUAUACCCAACAAACACAAAGGAAAACAAUCAGACAAUUGGUUUGGACGGGCUGAAACGUGUCUGUCUUUCUUCACGAUUGCCAGUUGUGGCUAUUGGCGGCAUUGGCAUAUCAAAUGCAGAGGCUUUGAUGGCCUUAGGAAUGCCAAACCUGAAAGGUGUUGCUGUUGUUUCCGCUUUGUUUGACAGGGAAUGUGUUGCUGUAGAAACCAGAAAGCUGCACAAGGUGCUUACUCAAUCAGCCACAAAUGCAAAUUGAAAUCUAAUGGUAUAUCACUCUACUCACUAGUUUCAUGGCUUACACCACAAUUAGUUACCAUUGAAGAGACUGGAUAAACCAUGGACAUGUUUUUUCAUGGCUGUAGUAAAUAUAAUUUCUAUACCGUUGUUUAAACAUGAAGUAUUGUAAAGAAUGUAUCAUUAUAUGACACAUUUGGUAAUUGCUGCUUGCCAUGUUAUCUAAUCGGUGAGCAAUCUCCA